GCCACUCAUGUUAACCCCUUCCUGCCCAGUGCCAUUAGUACAGUGUCAGUGCUUUUUUUUAGCACUAAUCACUGUAUUGGUGUCACUGGGGAUGUCAGUGACACCAAGUCAGUUCUCCCCAGUGUCAGAAUGCCCACCGCAGUCCCACUAUAAGUCGCUGAUCGUCACCAUUACUAGUAUAAAAAAUAAAAAUUCCAGUAUCUAUACCCGACAUUUGUAGGCACUAUAACUUUCACGUAAACCAAUUAAUUUACAUGUUUUGGGACAUGUUUUU